CGAGUUUUGAAUAUCUGAAAGUAUCUGCUUCUGAACGUACUUGUGUUGUUGCUCGCGUUGGUGCUGGCGUCAUCGUACAUCUAAGAAAUCUAGCAUCUUUGUAAUGGCAAAACGCGCCCACGGAAAGAAGGCGACCAAGAUUAAAGAUCCGUACGCUAUCAGGAGAGAGAGGGACCGAGGAAAAAUCUUCAACAGGAAGCCUACCAGUGCUGAGGAUGAGUUUGUGCCAAGGAAAGUUCAGGAUAUGAUGAAACUGGUAGAUGGAGAAUGUAAUGGGAUGAAAAUGCACAACAAAAAAAGAAGGAAGCAACUGAAAAAUGGUCGGAUCACGUCGAAAGCUUUUGUCGACAUUGAAACCCCAGAAAAAGGCAUGUCUCGCCCACUGAAGCCCAUCCCUUUGUUCGAGCAGAGACCAAAUGAAUCAGAUUUCAAAUUUCUGCGUCGUGUGGAGAAAAUGACGAAGGAGAGGAUCCAGCAGUCGAAAUUUGAAGAUAAGUACAAUGUCGAUAUUGUUCCUGACCCGGUCACAGGUAAAACGAAAAUGAUUAGCAGGGAAGAUGAGCGGCAACAAGUUCGGAGAAAAAAGAAGAACGUCAGCGAAGAUGGCGAGGAGAUUCCAAAGAAAAUCAAUAGAAAGAAAGCGAAAAAAAUCAAACGCCAGCAAAAACUGGCAGGAAAAAUGGAUGACUUCGCCCAUCUGAAAGACAGCGUAGAGUUCGGGGAGGUGGUGCAUCGCCCGCCGGAGCUGAAGGCUGCUCCCAAGAAGGCCCCGUCUGACGGCACUCAGGGCAAACCCGGUCGCAAGUCUCUGCUUCUGAAGAAGCUGUAUACGAACGCUCAGGCGGGGCUCCGACCCUCGUCGGCACCGAAGUCCCUGCACCAAAAGGCCUCUCUGGAAGAGGAGCGAUUACGAGCGGUGGCGGCUUACCGACAUCUAAAGCAGCAGAAGAUCGAAAAGGCGGCGAAAUCGUAGCAGUCGCUGUGACCUGGGGUUUGCAUUCGGUGCUUUCGGGGAGGGGAGGGCAUCGGCAGCGCACAAGUUGUGACGUGUUUUGUUUGAAAUGACAUUGUUACGCCCGUGCCUUAUAAAUACAUUGGCGGACAACA